AUGGUGGCUCGGCCAGUGUCGCAAAUGCUCCGCUCUCGCUGCCUGCUCCGCAGGCCCCAGAACAUCCAGGCCUUCUCGACCAGGAGCAACCUGCGCGCCGCGGACCACGGUGACCACUACGAUCCCCCAACCGGCUGGCUGUUCGGUGUCAAGCCCGGCCAGAAGUACGAGAAGGAGGGCUGGGAAGGCGUCUGGUACUGGGGAUUCAUUGGCAGCCUGGUUGUUGCUGGCGUCGCAUACGUGUUCAAGCCGGACACCUCGUAUGUUCUCCUUGUUCCCCUUGUUGCCGCACCCAUCACUUUUGCGAAACCGCAGCGAGACCUCGAAAGAACCAUGCUGACUGACUGCUGCAAUAGGAUACAAACGUGGGCUCUGGAAGAAGCUCGUCGGCGGCUGGAGGCUGAAGGCAUUCUGGAGGACCCAACCAAGGUCCAGAAAUAA